AUGGUAAGAAUCUUCAAGUUUACCAAGGUGUUUGAGCGGCAUCCUGGCAUUUUCUACAUUUCUAAGAAGUGUGACACCCAAACUGUUGUUCUAAGGGAAGCUUAUGACCGCCACAGACUCAUAGAGAAACACCCCCUAACUGAUAUCAGGGAAAGAUAUGCAAGUUUGAUGGAAAAAGGGUUUGUGGAUAGGAGCAGGGGGUUAUACAAGAAAAACAAGUGUGAGGGUCUAGAGGAGGAUCCUUUAGAGAGGAUUUCUGGUGGUGAACUCAGUGGAUUUCAAUAUGAAGGGGAGUCAGAUGAUUAUCGGUUUUCAAAAUUUUCAUCUAUACUGACGGAGAACUUUGAAAGUGGAAGAGAUAUCAAGAAUGUUACAGAAUUUGGAGCAUUAACUUUUCAGAAGGCUGCUGCUAGUGCCCAAGAAGCUAAGCUGCUACCCCAGCGUAAGGUCGUGAACACCUGCUUUAAUUUUCUGCCACACUAG